AUCUCAAUUUCAAGGAGAACGAAACCUCUGCACUCAAAAACCAAAGAAAACGUGUAAAAAAACUUUUAGAACAUCCAUCUGUUCCCCCAACUUCUAUUAUCGCUAGUUCAGCACGGACGGAGUGCAGGUCCGAUUACUCAAUAUCAAUCCGUAGCCAUGGCCAAAUUGUCGUCUGUCUCAUUGCCAGCCGUCAAAAAGGCUUUCCAAGCGUCUCUGCGCGUGCCCACGCUCAAAUCCGCCUCCAUCCUACCCCAAACUCAAACGGCGGAAGCUGUUUGGCAACAAUCCUGUUUGGCCACGGGCUCCAACGUCUGCUUCACUUCCAUCCACGCCCUCCCCGGUCCCGCAGCCUCGGCUCACACGCCCUUUGGUCUAAGCCCUCCCUGGCCUCUCGCGUCUGGGUCAUGUUUGGAAGCGAGGUGCGGCCAACGGCGGGUCAUCAUCCAAAAAUGCGCCAAUGAUGAGAAGAAGGAGGUCUGGAUUCUCCGGGUCUUUGAUCGAACUCUCUUAGUCCAGAGUCUCAAUUUGAGCGAUCGCAAUCUCCAUGGCGAUGUCUACUUGGACGCCACCCUUGGUGGGAUCACGUUGGAUGCCACCGGAGAGCGGGUCGCGUUCAUAGCCGAAUUGAAAGCACCCGAGGGCAAACCGUUUUUUAAAUACGUACCGUCUACGGAGUCCAAGGCGUAUCAAUUACAAGGGCAGGAGUUUCGCUUCAAGGACGAGUUUGGCGAGCAAAUGGUAGGUCAAGGCCGACCGGUGAUUGUCUUGGUCGACUUGAAAACUGAAGAGGUCAAAUUGUGGGACGAGAGCCUACCCUCGGAUUGGUGUCCAGGUCAAUUGCAGUUUUAUAAGGAUGCUUUGAUCGGUAUGGCAGUUAAGGUGGAACCAUUUCGUUUGGGAUUAGUGUAUUGCUCCAAUCGGCCUAGAGUGAUUUUUAAGCUGGACCUCAACUCCGGCGGGUAUCAAGUUCUCAGUGGUGAGGCUAAUAUUGGCGCCAUGUCGCCUCGCAUUUUGAAAAGCCGCGAUCUCUUAGUUUGGUUGGAACGGGAUCUGGUCACGGCUAAUGGAAUCUUUCCGGGACCGCAUCAGACUUGCAUGCGGGUCAUGAAGAGAAAUUUGUCCGAUCCCGAGGCUCUUCCACAAGUUCUCGUGUCCGAGAUUGCUGUCCAACCAAGCGAAACUGGAUUUUCAGGCGUUUAUCAAGAUUGUUUUCCACCUCGAUGUUUCGCUUUGGACAAGUUUCUCGUGCUGAGCGCGUCACAGCAGAGUGUCAUCACCCCGUUGGUGGUGGAUUUGGAGACCCAACAGAUUCAAGUCCUAAAAGAACACGCCCAAACAACAAUUGUGGACGUUCAAGAUGAUUAUGUUUUGGGGUGUCGAUCCACUCCCACCUCUGCGCCCACUUUAGUCGCCGGGAUUGUUUCUCAAGAUGGACAGAUUGGCUUCCAACCGCUCUCUCAUGAGCGUGAUCUCAUUCCGAAACUCCCUGCCUCCACCGGUUGGGAUUUGAUAGAGCUCCAAUCUGGGACUGAUUCUGUGCCUUUUAAUGCCAUCUACGUGGGCACAAAAUCCGGGGCAUCAGGUUCAAAUGAGCCUCUGAUUGUUUGGCCCCAUGGAGGACCACACUCAGAUGCAUCCUCUAUAUUUGUCCAACCGAGUUACUUCUUCAACCAACUUGGGUACAACAUCCUGUUCGUGAAUUAUCGUGGUUCGCUGGGAUCUGGUCAGACUAGCGUGGAGAGUCUCCUGGGUAAGAUUGGCAGACAAGACGUGGAUGAUUGUAUGGUGGCUUUGGAUGCUUGCUUAUCGAAAUAUUCCCACCUUGGGCGGGAUCGUGUCGUUCUAUUGGGCGGAUCUCACGGUGGAUUCUUGGUGACCCAUUUAGCGGGCCAAUUUCCGGAUCGCUUUCAGGCCGUGGUUGCUCGAAAUCCUGUCAUUAAUGUAUCAACGUUGGCCACAGUCUCGGAUAUCCCCGACUGGUGUUUCAACGAAUGUGGACUGCCUUUCAAGUACCAGUCUCCUACGCCCGAGAUGUUGAAGAAAAUGUACGAAAUGUCGCCCAUCAGCCACGUCGAGAAGGUUCAGGCUCCGGUUUAUCUGAUGAUUGGAUCCAAGGAUCUCCGUGUCCCGCCCUCACAAGGUUAUGAAUACUACCGCAAUCUGAAAGCCUUGGGCAAGAACGUGGAGAUGAACGUGUACGAGGACAAUCAUCCCUUGGGCAAAGUGUCCGUUCAUGCGAACGUCAUGGUCAAUGCCACCUUAUUCUUCGACCAGCAUCUGGAUAUGAAGCGAUAACACUAAUUUGCAAGAACGCUCAUUGAUUACGAACUUGAAAUAUGAUUAAAGUAUUUAAUUAUUUCCGCCGAA